CUUAUUCGUUUUCCGUACUUUUAGUUACCGCCCACAUUUGGAAGUGCAGUAACUACAGCAAAUCCCUCGAAGGUGGCUAACCUUGCAGUUCUUUUUAGAUAGAUCACGUUGUUUUUGUAUGCUGGAAGGUUUACUGUGCAUGUGAUUUCGCAGAAUAUUAAUAAUUCAGUCCGGAAAAUAUUUUUUAUUAAAUAGGUUUGUGCAGUUCUUACCAUCUUUUCAGGGCAGCAGAAAUCUUAAAAUGCCAGCCGAACAUCUAAGUGGGAAACAUGUUUCAGCACAAGUGAGAGAGAGAUUAAAGAAGGAUGUUGCACAGAUGGAAGAAAAAGUUCCUGGGUUUAGGCCAGGGCUUGCAAUAUUGCAGGUUGGUGACAGAGAGGACUCAAAUCUUUAUAUAUCCAUGAAGCUAAAGGCUGCGGCAGAGAUUGGGAUCAAUGCCAACCAUGUAAGACUUCCAAAGACUGCUUCAGAAGAUGAGGUCUUGAGCAGCAUUACUUCUUUGAACGAAGAUUCUACUGUCCAUGGAUUAAUAGUGCAGUUACCUUUGGAUUCUGUUCAUUCAAUUAACACCGAGAAGGUCACAAAUGCAGUUUCUCCUGACAAAGAUGUAGACGGACUAACUAGUGUUAAUGCUGGGAAGCUUGCUAGAGGUGACCUUGGAGAUUGCUUCAUCCCAUGUACACCAAAAGGAUGCCUCGAACUGAUUCGCCAGACAGGUGUUCAGAUUGCUGGGAAAAGAGCUGUUGUACUUGGACGUAGCAAGAUUGUGGGUGCUCCCAUGCAUGACCUACUACUUUGGAAUCAUGCUACAGUAACUACAUGCCAUUCGAAGACGGUCAACAUAGCUGAAGAGGUCAACAGAGCAGAAAUCUUGGUGGUAGGAAUUGGCAGAGCAGAAAUGGUAAAAGGUGACUGGAUCAAACCUGGUGCAGUUGUUAUUGACUGUGGAAUUAAUCACGUUUCUAAUACUGUGGAGAGUGCAAAAAGGUAUUUGCAGAAAUACACACCAGGAAAAUGGAGUAUCGAAUGUACAGCUGUAAACCCUGAAACUCCUGUCCCAAGUGAUAUUGUAAUUUCAAGGUCCAAGGUACCAAAACCUAUUGACAAGCUGACAAGAGAAAUUGGCCUGCACUCAGAUGAAGUGGAAUUCUAUGGGAAAACAAAAGCUAAAAUCCUUCUUUCAACACUGAAACGACUCCAGAAACAACCUGAUGGGAGAUAUGUUGUUGUCACAGGGAUAACUCCAACUCCUCUUGGUGAAGGUAAAAGCACAACAACAAUCGGCUUAGCUCAAGCCCUUGGAGCACACCUCAGAAUGAACGUGUUUGCAUGUGUGCGACAGCCAUCUCAAGGACCAACAUUUGGAAUUAAAGGUGGAGCAGCUGGAGGUGGAUAUUCUCAGGUUAUCCCAAUGGAAGAGUUUAAUCUUCACCUCACUGGUGACAUCCAUGCUAUUACUGCUGCCAAUAACCUAGUCGCUGCUGCAAUAGAUGCUCGAAUGUUUCAUGAAGCUACGCAAUCAGAUAAGGCUUUGUUUAACCGCUUGGUUCCUGCAAACAAAGGAGUUAGAACAUUUUCUGAUAUUCAGAUGAGAAGGAUAAAGAAACUAAACAUUGAAAAAACUGAUCCUGCAACACUGACUGAUGAAGAAAUAAACAGAUUUGUGAGGCUUGAUAUAGACCCUGAUACUAUCACAUGGCAAAGAGUUGUUGACACAAAUGAUAGAUUCCUGAGGAAAAUAACAAUUGGUCAGUCACCAACUGAGAAGGGAUUCACAAGAACGGCUCAGUAUGAUAUCACAGUGGCAAGUGAAAUCAUGGCAGUACUUGCUCUUACUCACAGCCUUGAAGACAUGCGAAGCAGACUGGGCAAGAUGGUUGUAGCAUCAAGCAAGAAAGGUGAACCAGUUACAACUGAGGAUUUGGGGUUGACUGGAGCUUUAACUGUUCUGAUGAAGGAUGCCAUUAAACCUAACCUGAUGCAGACUUUAGAGGGAACACCAGUUUUUGUUCAUGCUGGACCUUUUGCCAACAUUGCCCAUGGAAAUUCCUCUGUCCUAGCUGAUAAAAUUGCAUUAAAGCUUGUUGGCCCUGAAGGAUUUGUAGUUACUGAAGCAGGAUUUGGAGCAGAUAUUGGAAUGGAGAAGUUUUUCAAUAUUAAGUGCAGAAGUUCUGGUCUGUGUCCACAUGUCGUUGUACUGGUAGCCACCGUUAGAGCACUAAAAAUGCAUGGAGGAGGGCCUUCAGUAACUGCAGGAGUGCCGCUUCCAAAGGAGUACACUGAGGAGAAUUUGGAGCUAUUGGAGAAGGGAUGCUGUAACUUGCGUAAACAAAUUGAGAAUGCAUCUGCAUUUGGUGUUGCAGUAGUGGUGGCUGUUAAUGCUUUUAAGACAGAUACAGACGCUGAGCUGAUGUUGGUCUGCCGUUUUGCCAAAGAAGCUGGAGCCUUUGAUGCUGUCAAGUGUACUCACUGGGCUGAAGGAGGAAAAGGAGCUGUAGACCUUGCCCAAGCAGUCCAGAAAGCAGCACAAGCACCAAGUAACUUCCAACUUCUCUAUGAUGUGGAGCUUCCUAUUGUGGAUAAAAUAAGAAUCAUUGCUCAGAAGAUAUAUGGUGCUGAUGAUGUUGAGCUCCUACCAGAGGCCCAGCACAAAGCUGAAGUUUACACUCGGCAGGGAUUUGGAAACUUACCAAUAUGUAUGGCUAAGACACAUUUGUCAUUAUCCCAUGACCCCGAGAAGAAAGGAGUGCCUACAGGGUUUGUUCUUCCCAUCCGUGACAUUAGAGCAAGUGUGGGUGCUGGUUUUCUGUACCCAUUAGUUGGAACGAUGAGUACUAUGCCUGGCCUUCCAACUAGACCAUGUUUUUAUGAUAUUGAUUUGGAUCCUGAAACAGAAGAAAUUUCUGGAUUGUUCUAAAGCAAAGGUUCCGGUUGUGCUUCUGAAGACCAGACAUAUAGGAACAGAUUCUACGUUUUACCUGAUGACAGAAAGAUGCUGAUUGAAUUAUGCUUUCUGAUGAUUCCCCCAUAACAUUUAUACUUUCCUCACUAUCUGAAGAUACUCUAAUCAGAAUAAAUUCACAGCAUUCUCAAAUGUUUAAUAACUUUAAAUGGAUCUAGCUAGGAUAUACAUUUCCUGAUGUCACUGUUAGGAAGCUGACUGUUUCAUUAUGGCACUAUUAUACUAUUCAACACUACUAGUACACAAUUUACUGUGCAGUCAUUUUGUUUAAACAAAUAAACUAAUGUCAUUGGCCAUA